GAGGAGAGAGAGAAUAUAAUAUGUCAGGGUUUUGUUACCGGGAAGUGGGUCGAGUUAUUUAUAUUUCAACACUCGUCCUCUCGUACCCGGGGGAGAACCAGUGUCAGUAACCCGAAACCAUACGUUCAAACAUCGUCCGGCUGUGGAUGCAUCAAACGGGUCGAGAACAAUCGGCUCCCAGGACCAAGAGAAAGAGCCGUGGAAGUGUAAAUGAUGCAAAGACAGUGAGUCUGUGAGGGAUCCAGCACUGGCACAGGUACUGUGAUGAAGCUCCACGAGAAGAUCUUGACCCACUACCUCUCGUGCACCUCUCCCGUCGAUAAAGAGGGAUACCUCUACAAGAAGAAAGAGAGGAGCGCCACCUACCACCGGCGCUGGUUUGUCCUGAAGGCCAACCUGCUCUUCUACCAGGAGCGCCCGGGCGACCGCCACCUGCUGGGGGUCAUCGUGCUGGAGGGGUGCUCGGUGCGGCGCUCCGAGUCCGACGCCCAGUUCGCCUUCUCCCUGGUGUUCCAGGGGCCGGGCCUCAAAACCUACAGGUUCGCGGCGCGGGACGGCGGGACGCAGGAGAGCUGGGUGCAAACCCUGCUCUCGGCCAGCCACUGCUACCUCUCCCUGCUGGUGAGGGACCUGGGGAGGCAGUAUGAAGAAGCUAAACAGCAGCGAGGCUCCUGCGAGGCCCAUCCUCCUCAGGGCAACUUCUCCUUCGCCGCGCGGGGCCCGGCGCCCGCUGAGGUGAGGCCGGCAAGGAGCUUCAGUGCCGGCACCGUUUUACAAGCGCCGCCGAUGCCCGGCAAAGCGGUGGCUAAAAAGUCCCCCAAGCUGUGGCCCAGGAGGAACGCUCACGUCACGCCCCUCAACGGGCCGGCGCCUCCGUACGGCGAAUGGCCCCUGGUGGGUUUCGACCCCCUCGAGGACUUCGGCAAACUUCACGACCAUUAUGGCCAGGAAGUGAAGCGGGUGAGAGAGGAGUGGCUGAGGAGUCGAGGAGCGGGGGGGGAACCCGCCGACGGAGAUCUCGUCAGCCUCGAGUGAGAGAAGCCCCCCCGCGCGCCUCGCCGCACGUGGGAGAGGAAGUGAAAUCGUGGGCGUCAAACAGGAAGUGAAACCGAAAGUGUCGAUGGUUUCGAUCGCGUUUGAGGCCCAGACACCUGUACACAUGCUGAAAUGUACCCGCUGGGUCCAGAUGUUUUCCA